UUAAAUUUCAGGUUAAAAUGGAAGAAAAAUUAGUAAGUGAUAGCAACAAGACCUUCCUCGAAGAUGUCUCUCCAUCAAGGCUCCAGCUCUGCAUUUCAGAGCUGCUUAGAUUGAUGGCUGAGAGGAAGGAGGAUGAUCAGCACCUUUACUCGAAAAUUCAGCAGAAGAUUCAAGCCUAUUCGGAAGGUAUGAAGAUCAAGGUCUUUAACCCAGCAGACGAGCUUGUGGAUAGAGCCCUAGGAGAGUUUAAGGAUAAAGAAAAAGAGCGCCAAAGUAUAGAAGAUGAUUACCUUGAUGAGCUCAAGAUCUAUGAUUUAUCAGUAAUUCCAGAAUUUUGGAACGAAUCUGCUAAAAAGAUGCUGCUUCUGCUAAUGGCAAAUCAAGAGGAAGAGAGUAAGGAUGAUUUUGAUCAUUCUCUGAUCAAAACGAAGGUCCAUCCUAGUUUUCACUUAAGCCACAUAAUGAACCAAACAAACACUGACUGCGAUACGUUUCCACUAUGUGAAGAGCCAGACUCAGAUGGCGAAAUUCCUUUAAAAUUCAUGUUCCUCAACUCUGACACAGUGAGCCAAAUUAUUCAAAAGUACUCAAAUCAUAAGUAUAACUAUCAUUUGUUAUUGGCGAAAUGAGUUGAAAUAUCUAGAGAGAAAUUGAUCGACCAGAUGAGCCUCUAUUCUUCAGAUUUAACCUUAUAUUUCAGAAAGGGCCCAAUUGGCAAGAACAAGAAGGUCAUCUUAAAAUGGUUACAGACGACUUAUAAAGAAAAUUUACUUAAAUCUAGAGAAGAAAAUAAGGAGGACAACCAGCCACCUUGUGGAGUCUCAGAUGCGGAGAAAUGAUAUAAAUUAGGCCUUUUACAAAAUACUAAAGUUGCUAAAAUCCUCAAAGAUGCAAUGGUAGCAGAUACAGAGAGAAAAUUGGGCAUUAAAAGAGUCCCAGUACCUCCUCCAACUGAGGUUAAGAAGGUCAAUAAGCCAGCCAAGAAGAAGAAAGCUAAGAAAAAGGUUAACACUGGGAUUGACUUCGUCAUGGUCGUAAAGGGAACUGAUAAAGUGAUAGAGGAAAUAAAGGUGAAUGAAAACAGCUCAAAGCCAAAGAAAAAGAAAAAGCCGAAACUAAAAUCUAAAUGCAAUAAAUCUUCAGAGGAAUCCAAAUCUCACCUGACUACUUCUGAAGACCUCGCUUCUUACAUAUCCGCUCUCACUACCGCUCCUGCUGAUGUCCCCAACGGGCAGGCUCUUCUUGAUCUGACCCUUAAAACAGCUGCUUCUAGAAUCCAACGUGCUUGGAAGAAAUAUUUGGAAUCCCAAAAAUCCUUCUCUAGAGAAGAUUCUAGCUUAGCUGAUUAUAAGCCACAUUUAGCAGGAAUUAACUUGAUUCAAUGCCAAUUUCGUAGAUAUUUGGGUAAGAAGAGGCAGAAGAGAGGUGGAUGUAAUUUAUCUGUGGAGAAGGAGAUUGAAUUGAAAGUGAAGAAUUUUAGUCAAGAAGAAAGUAAGGAGAUUCUUGAGAGAUAUGGAGAUGCUUCUGAACAGAUUGGGAGACUUCAGAGAUUUGUGAGGGAAGUUUGGAAUGCGAAGAUAGCUCUUAAGAAGAGGAAGAUAGCAAGAGAUACAGCUGAAUGAGAUAUGAUAUAUUCAAAGUAUGAAUCUCACAGAUCCCGCUUCUUAGCUACAAAACCUUUUGACACUGAGCUCAUGCGAAGAAUAGGACACUGCAAAUUAGAAAUCAAUAGAAUUGAUAGAGUACUUGAAGAAAGUCAAAAGAGAUUAGAAAACGAUUUUGAAAAAAUAAUAGGACUCAAAGACACACAAGAAGAGGAGAAGAUAGAAAUUGAUCCUAAAUUUGAAGAGGAAACAGUCAAAUUUUGGGCUAAUUAUGGAUCGGAAAUUGAAAGAGACCUUAGUAAAGAUCCUAAAUACAAAGACUGGGAGUCAAUCACCAGCAAAUCAGGCAACACCCUCUGGGUGAAUCACAAAACCCGUCAUAAAUCCAAACAUCAUCCAGGUAUGAAAUCGUACGCCAAGACUAUCAAGCAAGAAAUUGCUUUGGAGCAUUCUUAUCACACUUCUCUCCUCAAGCACCAAAAAUCCCGCCUUCAAAAGAUUACUUCAACUCUUCUCACCCACAGAUCAGCAGACCUGCACCAGCUCCGAACAACCCUACUCAAAUCCCACCAUACAUAGACAACAUCAAUUCAAUAAUUUCUUUUAAAAA